CACUGUUUCUAAGUUAGCAAACUCCAGUCCUUUUCUUUUCCCAAUUUCAAAAUUAAUUUGUAAAACAAUAAAAAAAAAAAGAGAAGAAUCUUUGAAGAGAGCCUCAAUAAAUUGUAAAACAAGGCCGCUAAAGUAUAGGAUUUGUAGCGUUUGGAGCGGCCACAUAUCACAUACUGCGAAAAUUCAUUUAGAAAUGGCGACAGCUGCAUCCUCUUCAUCCUCCAUGGUAGCCACCGCCGUUUUGAUUCCUCGUUUUCCGGCAGCCUCCGUUAGAACUACCGGCUGCAGUGCCUUGCCGCCUCUACCUCCUCGCGUUUCAACCGCUUCCUUGUCUUUUUCCUCUUCCGUUAAGCUAAUCCCAGAAUCCAAGAGGUUUUCUCUGCUGCAGACAAAAGCCUCAGAAGAGACCUCUGUUGAUGCUGGUGAUCUUUUCGCUGACUUGAAGGAAAAGUGGGAUAAAGUUGAGGACAAGACCACAGUUGUUCUUUAUGGUGGUGGGGCAUUAGUUGCUGUUUGGCUAUCAUCAAUUCUUAUUAGUGCCAUUAACUCGGUCCCUUUGCUUCCGAAGAUAAUGGAGUUGGUAGGAGUUGGAUACACAGGAUGGUUUAUCUACAGAUACCUUCUCUUCAAGUCAAGCAGGAAAGAACUAGCCACGGAUAUCGAGGCACUGAAGAAUAAGAUUACUGGAACUGAAUAGAUGCCCAACAAUGUCAUGUUCAUUUAUUUGCUAUCAUUAUCUUUUUACUCCUUUUUUGUAACCUGUAAAAGACACAUCAAUAUCCUGUAAUUGUAGGAUUGCUGUGCAUGAAAUAUUGUUUUAUUUGGCCUGUUAAUGAGAUGAUACUUGUCAA